UGGCCGUGCAUGUGUUCUGCGCACAGAGGUGUGGAGCGGGUACUUCCCCUGACCGUGUGGGUGUGGUCACGCGCGCGUGUUCUGUGCACAGAGGUGGAGCGGGUCUCUGGGUGGGUUGUGGGAGGGAGUUUCCUAGGCCUGAGGGAAGGUCUAUGUCAUGAUCUCUACAGUGGUCAGUAUAGCUUGCAGAUGAAGCUUAGGACGUACUUUUAAAAGGGAACUAAUAUUUCUGUUUCCACUUGUUGCUGUAGGUGGAUAAUAAGGGCCGGAAUUUCCUUCAUGUGGCAGUUCAGAACUCUGAUAUUGAAAGCGUGCUGUUCCUCAUCAGUGUCCACGCUAAUGUGAAUUCAAGAGUCCAGGAUGCUUCCAAAUUGACUCCCUUGCAUCUUGCUGUCCAAGCAGGCUCAGAAAUUAUUGUCCGCAAUUUGCUUCUUGCAGGAGCCAAAGUGAAUGAAUUAACCAAGCAUCGCCAGACUGCCCUCCAUCUCGCUGCCCAGCAGGACCUGCCUACCAUCUGCUCAGUCCUCCUAGAGAAUGGAGUGGACUUUGCUGCGGUGGAUGAGAAUGGAAACAAUGCUCUUCAUCUUGCUGUCAUGCACGGCCGGCUCAACAACAUCCGGGUUCUCCUGACAGAGUGCACAGUGGACGCUGAAGCCUUUAACCUCAGAGGCCAGUCGCCGCUGCACGUUUUGGGACAGUACGGCAAGGAGAACGCAGCAGCCGUCUUCGAGCUCUUCCUGGAAUGCAUGCCGGAAUACCCUCUAGAUAAGCCGGACGCGGAGGGCAGCACGGGUACGGAGCGAGGGCUUGCGUGUCCUGCCUCACUUGCAUGCCUUACUGCCUGGAAAAACCAGAGCCCAGGCACCUGUCACGGCCUCAGGGCGUUCAGCGGGCAGGGCAUUUCUGUGGGGCCUGUGCUGCAGAGCCCUGCUGUGGCAUUGGAGCGGCGGCUGGUCUGGAGUGCAUCCAGUGCUGAAACCAUGUGCACCCUCUCCAGACAGCCCUGCCGACCUGCCUUCAUUUCCCUUGUUUGCCUUUUGUCCAGUCAAAUAGCGCCCUACCCGAGCUCCCAAAUUCUAGCAAAGGCACCUCACAGAAUCUUCGGAAGGAAGACAUGUACUACGGUAUGUGUUGACAUGCUUGAGAAAGUGGCAGGUUGCACCUAGAUCCACAGGAACCGCCUUAGGGAGAGGGCCGCAGGCCUCUCGGCUUGCUCUGGGCGCCCGCGGUCACUGUGUCCAUCCGCGUGGCUCUCCUGGCUUUUCUGACAUACUCUUUCAUACAUGUUCUGGCUCCGUGCUCUUGACAGCCCCACAAGGAAAGCCGGGCACGUAGUUCUAUCCCCAUUUUUCAGGUAGGGAAAAGUAACCCAGUAAAACAAAACCAGCUCUCUGAUCCCAGAGCCCCCUGCGCGGCUGUGCGGCUGCUGCAUUCCCUGCACUCACCCUGUUCUGGAGAGAGCGCCUCCGUGGUCGUGGCAGGAAUGGAGUCACCGUGGGUUGUCCGAACCUUAAUGCGGGACCACAUGUUAUCAGCACUUUAUCUUCGUCUUGAGAGGAGUUCCUGGCCUUGCUAAGUGAACAUUGUUUUUUAAGCUGGCACUGGUGGGUCUGAGCUUCAGAGCAGUCAGCCCUGGGAGUGAGCUGCUCAACCCAGCACCUACUCAGUGGGCACCUUGCCCAGGAGCACGCCAGCAGGCUGGCAGGGAGGGUUCAUGUCUAGGCCUCCUGGGGCAGGUCACGGGCUGGAGGGGAGGGUCGUGUCUAGGCC